AUGCCAAUACUCAACAUUUUGUCAUCCAAAGCUCCUUCUCAUGUGGAUCCACCCACUGUAAAGGCGAUAUCGACAGAGGAAAUAGAAGUACAGUGGUCAGCGCCCUCUCAGUCCAACGGAAUUCUCAAGCCAUACCUUGUGAUCUGUUCCGAUACUGCUACCUACAGUGACACUCACAGCGCUACAACUAAGGACAACAAGACGACAUCAGUUAUCGUUGAGCAACUGCGGCCAGGUAGGGAAUAUCGGUGCUGUGUGGUUGCCAGUACGUAUCCAGCAGACAGACAGGAUGCGGAAGAUUGUGAGAGAAGGUCAGCGUUAUCGAAUCGCAUUCGGACCAUGGCCUUGGCUCCCUCCCGCAUACCACGUCCCAAAGGCAGGGCCAUCUCAUCGACGGAAAUUCAACUGACUUGGUCUAAGCCCAAGCACCCCAAUGGCAUCCUCAAACCAUACCAAGUUACUUGUUUGGAUGUCACACACUGCAGUGCUCCAUCAAGGGCCACUACCAGAGACAGCGAGACAACCUCGGUCAUAUUCGGCAAUCUGAUCCCGAACACAAAAUACCAGUGUCUCAUAGUGGCGAGCACGAUUCCAGCAAUUGGACAGGAUCCGUUGGUGUGUGAAAGGCGUUCUGAGCUAUCGGCCCCAAUUCAAACCAUGCCAUCAACGCCCUCCCCUGUACAGCGUCUACGGGGAAAAGCUAUCUCGUCGACGGAAAUUGAGGUGAAGUGGUCUAAGCCCAAACACCCCAAUGGCAUCCUCAAACCCUACCAAGUUGCCUGCUUCGAUACUUCACACGGCAGCACUCCAUUAAUGACUACCACUACAAACAACGAAACCACCUUUGUAAUAGUCGGAAAUCUGAUCCCGAAUAGGGAAUAUCGGUGCAGCGUGGUGGCCAGCACGAUUCCAGCCGUUGGACAGGAUCCAUUGGAGUGUGAAAGUCGCUCUGAAAUGUCGCCACCUAUUCGGACCAAGCUGCAACGUAAGUUGAGCAGUGGUGUUACUGUAGCUAACCUCUUAUGCACCUAG